AGUCAAAUAAAGAUCGUCACUUCCUGUUUUUAGCUUAGCUGUUGGCUCACAAACACAAACGCAGUGAUGAUCGGAGGAGUAAAAAUGCCGAAGGUCGUCUGCCACAGCUACAGGGUACUAUCAUCUGUGGUGAAGAAGAACAUCUCACUGAGACACACGGGCGUUUUUAGAAGAGACUGUUCCGUUUACACACGUCAGUGUCGACGCUUGUCUUCACCUUCUCGUACGCUAGCUUCAGCCUCAUGUCUGCAGCGGCCUCACGUUUUGACCUACAGUGUAGACACAAGAAGAUGCUUCUCAGAUGGUUACAGUGAAACAACAGAGGAAACACAGCAAGUGGAGAGCGAAAGCAAGAUCUCAAGUCAAAAAACUUCAGAGAGUUUCUGUCUAGAUGUGCUGGUGUCUUUGCUGCGCCAGGAAAAUGCUGUGGACAUCUGUGUGAUCAAAGUUCCAGACCAGAUCAAAUAUGCACAGUAUUUUAUUGUCACUAGUGGAAUUUCAACUCGACACAUCCGUGCAAUGGCACUUUAUGCCAUCAAAGUGUACAAGUUCAUGAAGAAAAAGGAAGAUCCAAAUGUAAAAUUAGAAGGAAAAGACUCAGAAGAUUGGAUCUGUGUUGACUUUGGUGAUAUUGUUGUUCACUUAAUGCUGCCAGAGACCAGAGACAUUUAUGAACUGGAGAAACUCUGGACUCUACGCAGUUAUGAUGAACAACUGAUGAACAUGCCUGAAGAGAAGCUUCCUGAAGAUUUCAUAGCCGAAGUGGACAUAACAAAGUGACAAUCCAACACAUGUAAUUUUGUUCACGGACUUUGCACCGCACACCAAUGAGCGUAUCAAGUGUCUGCAUAACAUUUCUUUGUUUUGGAAUCUUUUUAUUAGCACUUGGAGUGUUGAACACCACAUUAUUAACGCUUGUUGAUCUGUAGAGUUAUAGUCCCUCCUAACAAAUGAUCAUGAUGCUGUUUUAACUUUCCAUGUUGUUGAAAAUAAAUUAUUUUUAUAAAGUUAAA